AUGCCUGACUUCUUUGAACUUUCCACCCCGCUGGAUUUGGACAUUGUCUCCGAUUUCAUCUUUUCUCCGCUGGACCUGAACCACGCACUAGUCUCCACAUGGUCCAAUGAGAUAUUGCUCUACGACUGCUCUGCCAUAUUGGCUAAUCCCGACUCUCCACCACGUACAGAGGCAUCAGUGACGUUUGCAACCGACGAGACCCCGUUGUGUUUAUCAUACGCUGGUUCUACCGGUGCCUUUGUCGGUUUCCUCGAUGGAUCCAUUCGUCCCAUUGACUUUGAGAACUCGCAAGUAGACAAUGGUGUCAACCUUGCGGCACCGUCCAGUGACGACGAGAUAGGCAAUGGAAUCAACAACUUUGCCGUGAUACCUGGAAAAGAAAAGUUAUUAGCUGCGAGUUCGUUCAAUGGAAAAUUGCAAGUAAUCGAUACAAGGCAACGUGCGCCUAUAUUGGUGAACCAGCUUUCACAUGACAACCAGCGGCGUAAGAUCUUCACUAUGGACGCCAGCGAUGUAUACUUGACUUUGGGAUUGAAUGGCAACAAUAUUGAGAUCUAUGACCACCGGAACUUGAAGAUUCCUGUAGAGAAACGAGAAGUAGGACUCAAAUACCAGAUAAAAGACCUCAAGUGUUUUCCAAAUAACGAGGGCUUCGCUCUAUCGACAAUUGACGGAAGAGUCUCUGUAGAGUAUUUCGACUCUUCUCCGCAAGUCCAGGAGACGAAGCGGUUCACUUUCAAGUGCCAUCGCUCUCAUGAUAAAGUCACGGGUGCCGAUCUAGUGUAUCCGGUAAAUUCUAUAGCUUUCAACAAGACAUACGGUACUUUGUUCACAGCUGGCUCUGAUGGAUUUGUCUACUUAUGGGACUUGGAAAAACGUAAGAGAAUGAGAGCAUAUCCUCAAUUUCUAUCUGAAGAAGAUGAACACGAGAGUAUAGCCAGAAUCAGACUUAAUUAUAAUGACCUGCUUGUCGGUGUAGCCACCAGUGAUGAUAACUACAAUCGAAGAAGACGCUUAUCUGAGAGCAACAGUCUGCGUCAACCUAGUAAAGUCUAUGUGAAGGUGCUUGGAUCUACGGAGUGUAAACCCAAGAGCCAGUAG